AUGACUAGUGUUGUUACUCAGCAAAGAGCCUUUACUGCCCAAGGCAAGCACGCCAUGAGCAGUGAUGACGAAUCUGACGGUCAGUCAGUUCUAUUAUGCGGCCAGCGAAAACGUCGGAGAACGUUCGUUCCUGCCGCCAAACCCCCCUCCCCCAAAUACGACAGCAGCGAUGAUGACGAAGGAGAAGUUUCUAGCUCUGUCCUCUCCCGCAGUCUCUUACGCCGGCGUAAGAGCCACAUGCUGCCCGAGUCAGACCGAUGCUCAAGGCAGCGCUGCUUUGACUAUCUGCUAAGUGCAAUUGAUGCCGUUUGGGCAGAGUACUGCGAUAGCACGUCACAUGCAGAGGAGCAGAUGUACAUGCCGUGCUCUCCUAUUUCCGAAGACGACCUCGAGGUUUCAUCUCGCAGGGAGUCCGUAUCUGCGCAACCACAAAGCAUGCGUUUGAUGCGACUCAAGGCUCGUCUGUUGCAUGCCAAGUAUGUUAUGACCGACCUAGUCAACAGCCUGGAUCCGGACUCUUCGUCUCAGUUUUGGAAACGCUGGGAUGCACUCAAGUAUGCAGUGGUUGAAGCUGCAGAGGGCGAAGAUGAGGACUGCGAUACCAUCAUCGAGGACCUCGAGGCUGGACGAUACUGGGUUUAA